CACUCCGUCCUACCAUUUUAUUUCCUCCUGUCUACCCCCCUAGCUCUCGCUCUCUCCUUUUCUCCCUCUAUCAGAAUUCCCCCCUACCUGUCUGAACAGGGAGCAGUAGAGCGUGGCGGGACAGAGGAGAGAGAGAAAGAGGAGAAAGAAAGAGGAGGAGAGUAGGAGCAACAAAGACAUAGUGAGGGAGAAUAGGAAAGCGGUGUGUGUAUUGAGAAGAGUGUGGACUGACGGAGAGGUAGAGAGGAGUAGAGGGGUGCAUAAGAGAAGCGUUGUGAGGAGGUUGCUCUGUUUUUGUCCUUUGGAAAACCUUUUCCCUGUUGGUGUCGUGCUGGCUUGGUAUGGAUGCUAUCAUGCUGCAGGAGAAACUAGUGGAACGCUUGCUGUGCCCUCGAGUCAGAACCGCGAGGCGGAAGGAGAAGCAGUAUGUGGGCUUUGCCACCCUCCCUAACCAGGUGCACAGGAAGUCAGUGAAAAAGGGUUUUGACUUCACUCUCAUGGUCGCCGGGGAGUCUGGUAUGGGUAAAUCUACUCUGGUCAACAGCCUGUUCCUCACAGACCUGUACAAGGACAGGAAACUACUCAACGCUGAGGAGCGUAUCAACCAGACAGUGGAGAUCAUUAAGCAUACAGUAGACAUUGAGGAGAAAGGAGUGAAGCUCAAAUUGACCAUUGUAGACACGCCAGGGUUUGGAGACGCUGUCAACAACAAUGAAUGCUGGAAGCCGAUCACAGACUACAUCGACCAGCAAUUUGAGCAGUACUUCAGAGAUGAGAGUGGACUGAACAGGAAGAAUAUACAGGACAACAGAGUCCACUGCUGUCUCUACUUCAUUCCUCCGUUCGGACACGGACUGCGUCCAGUAGAUGUUGAGUUUAUGAAGGCUCUCCAUGAGAAGGUGAACGUGGUUCCUCUCAUUGCCAAGGCUGACUGUCUCACUCCCAAUGAGAUCAAGAAACUCAAAGACAGGGUCCGUGAGGAAAUUGAGAGGUUUGGCAUUAAGGUGUACCAGUUCCCAGAGUGUGACUCUGAUGAGGACGAGGAGUUCAAACAACUGGACAAAGAACUGAAGGAGUGCUGUCCGUUAGCAGUGAUUGGCAGUAACACAGUGGUUGAGGCCAGGGGCCAGAGAGUGAGAGGGAGACUCUAUCCAUGGGGUAUUGUGGAAGUGGAGAACCAGUCUCACUGUGACUUUGUGAAGCUGAGGAACAUGUUGAUUCGCUCCCACAUGCAUGACCUCAAAGACGUGACAUGUGAUGUGCACUAUGAGAACUACAGAGCCCAGUGUAUACAGGACAUGACCAGUAAACUGACGCAGGACAACCGCAUGGAAAGCCCGAUCCCCAUCCUGUCCCUAUCCACCCCAGAUGUGGAGACAGACAGACUCAUCAAGAUGAAAGAUGAAGAGUUGGCGAGGAUGCAAGAGAUGCUAAAUAAGAUGCAGCAGCAGAUCCAUGAUGGGAAGGACCAGUGAGCUACAGCCCCAUCUGCUGGCCACUGAACUACAACCACAACUUCAGACAUGUUACUUACAUGCCAACUAUAAUGUAAUCAGGGGUGAAAGUAUAUUUAAUGAGGACCUCCUAUGAGUGCACGUGCACGCCAUUUUUUUAUGGGCCUAAUAAUAUAAUUACUUAUAGAAUCACUAUUAAUUUAAUAGGAUCUCUGUGACCUAAUAGUAAAGAUUACUGUUAACUUUUAAAAUGUAUUGGCCUACCUUUUAAUGUAUCAUAAACACAACCAGUCAUAAUGUUUUCAUCUGAUUGUCAAACAAUUACUCCAAAAGGCUACUAUAGGCUUCCCGCACACGUUAUUCGACUCWAAAAUAAUUCCCGCAUCCGUGCACUGUGCACCUGCCAUUUGAUAAAUGCUAAAAGACAUCAGUUGCAAAACACCAAAAAGUUUAGUGAAUGACAUUCUGUGAUGGUCACUCACUGGGCCUACAAAAGUCUUGUAACCUGAAUUAAUGCGUCCUCUGCUGUCCACGCCCGUCUCGGCCACUUAUCUCUGCCUUGGCAAAAUUUCUGUGUUAUUGUCGAAUCACGCUGCAUUUUAGAGCGUAACCCAAGCGUUUUUGUCUGUUCGCUCAUUCUUCAUGCGACUAACAUGCGGUAAUGAUAAGUAAUAGUAUAUAAGCCUACAGUUUUCUUGGAAUCACUAUGUUUUAAUUAUUGUGACAGGCUCAUGUUUUACCGGUACAGUGUACCCCCACUAUUUAUUUUGCCGGUACUCUGUACAGGACCUGCUUGCUUUCACCCCUGGAUAUAAUCAGCACUGUGUUGGGGGAAAACAGUAACUGUAUAUUCAUUGGUCAUUUGUUUUUUGGUGCUUGCAUAUUUGGUCUGUCCUGCAAGGAGAAAUGUGGUGUUUUUACUGUAUCUUGUGUCCAUUUGAACCCCAUUAAUAUUAUUGACGGUCCUAGUAACAUAUGACAUAACAUAAACAUGUAAUAUAAAUGACCUGUUAAAUGUAUCCAAUUUAUAAAUAUGGUGAAUACUA